UAUACCAGUCUGUAUACCUGAGAAAGAAUGUGUCCUAUACCGUUCCACGCUUUAGAUGCAUUCUCGAUUCUCUGAAGUUAAAACUAUAGCAGUCUGGAAACUGGAUCAUUUUCUAAGCUCACGUAGAUUGACAAACUAAAGUUUGAAUCAACGACGACGAAGUGCACGUUUGGAGAAGCAGGCUUUCUCUCUCAACAUAAUCGUAUAUCAAAAGUGGACUUGACGGACAGUUAUAUGUGUAUUGGGUAGUAAACCAAGUUGCAGCUCCAUCGGAAGUCCUGUUUACUAGGCAAUGCAGCACCAUAUGGCGGCUUUAUCCAAUGCUUCUUGGGAGGACGACGACAUUGACAAUCGUCUUCGCGGCGAGGCAGCUGAACAGAAGGCUCAGUUUCUUCUACUGGUCCGGAAGCUACACACCCACUACCAGGAGCAGCUACACGCCACCCUGGUCUGCACCAGCAAGUUUGACAAGGCCGUGCGAUACUUCAUCAAAGCUCUCCGACGGAUCAGACCUGAGCAGGUCCAGUGUUUCUCCUCUCUCCGGAUGCUGGAAGAUUGCAUUUCAUCCUGGACCUUCGAUGAGACAAUUGACCUUCCGGCCAUCGACCUCCGUUCCCUGCUGAAAACCUUCCUAAACAACCUCCACAACUUCCGGCUCCUCCGUCAGCACGUCAAGAUGAACGUCUACCACACGCUGCGUCAGCUGCCUGAGGAGAUGGAGAACCAGCGGCAGCGGCGGACCAGGGAAGACCUGGAGGUCAUCCUGACCACGUGGUCCAAUCUGACUAAUCGGGACACGGACCUGACCAAGUUGGACCACCCGAGCGUGGACGCUUUGCCCGAAGAGUACUUUGAAGGGCCAGAGGAGCGGCAAUUCUACCGUGGCUUGCUGAGCAUCAUACCCAAGCUGACGGACCUUGUGAACAGGACAGACUUCUUGCUGUUGAAAUAUCAGAUGGGAAAUUCAUGAUGAUUUUUUACUUUUGAAUGUUACUUUAUAAUCAUCGAUCUAUCUAAACGUUUCGACCAAUUAUGGCGCCGAAUGGACAGGGAUGUCAGAUGAUCACUGAAUUGAAGCUGAAAGGUCCUAAAACGUCAUAAAAUGGGUUCAUAACAACAAUGACUUGCCUUCUAAUUUGAAAUUGUCC